CUUGUUCUUCCCCACAAACUCCGGCAUUCCUGCUAACUAAGGGGAAGAGAAGUGAGGAGGUGGACAUAAAACUGCAUUGGUGCUUAAAAAGGCGCGUGUGUGUUUUGGGGUGACUAACACACUCACUCACUCAAUCUACUGCAACGCCCUACGAAAGGGGGGGAGUGGCAUCACUUACCACUGAUCUGCCACUGGCACACUACAGAGCUAGAAUAAGCCGGUAUACAGCUCUUGCACUCGGCUUGGCCGUUUGUGUAUGUCUCUCUCGCUCUCUCUCUCCCGCUCUGCCUUCUUCUGAUACCACAUGGAUCAUCGGAUAGUUAUGGGAAAUUAUAUUCUGUCUUUGAGAUAACCACAUGGUCGCUGGGCCCCAGAAUGCAGUUCUUGGACUAUCAAAGUUAAAAGGCUUUAACAAUAAGGGGUUGACUUUGGAAGAUGUGAACCCAUGCGACACUGGAGUCAUUUCGGUUACGUUCGUGACUUCUCUCCAGCCUCUUUGGGGUUUUGUGAUGUAGUCAGCACCCCAGGCAGCUUCUCACCCUUUUUUUUUUUUUUGCCAACACUACUUUCUUAUCAAACAGGUGUCUCUCUCUCUCUCGGGCUGGACUGCGGAGCAUUGACGUCGGCUCGCCCGCCCAUCCCCCCCCGCCCCCCAGCCAUGGCCUCGCGCAUCGGCCUGCGCAUGCAGCUGAUGCGAGACCAGCUGCAGCAGGAGGAGCAGCGGGAGCGGCAGCAGCAGCAGCAAGCGGCCCUGCAGUACAUGCAGCAGCGCAUGGCUGGCGCCCCGCCGCCCACCAUGGCUGUCAACGCCCCGCAACACUUCCAGAGCAUGCAGGUGCCCGUGGCGGUCCUCAAGGUCCAGACCCACCUUGAGAACCCGACAGACUACCACCUCCGCCAGUCCCAGAGGCAGCAGGUGAAGGAGUAUCUGUCUACCACCUUCGCCACCAAACAGACGGUCCAUGCGGUGGCAGGGGUUGUGCAGCCCUCCCCACCCCCCUCCUUGGUGCCCCCGGGCGGGUCGUCCUCGGCGCCUCCACCCCUGCACUCCCCACGCAUGCGCACCGAGCAGCUCAUGUCCGGGUGCAGCGCCCCAAACAGCCCCAUGGCCAUGCUCAACAUCGGCUCCAGCCACGAAAACGAGAUGGAUGAGGUCAUCGAUGACAUCAUCAGCAUGCAGUCCAGCUACGAUGACAUUCAGGCGUAUAUUGACCCAAUCCAGAUGCCUAACACACUACCACUGUCCACCAGUCACUUGGAUGUGUACUCAGGUCCUGGGAUGACCGGGCCAGCAAUUGCAAUGACCAGUAACUCCUGCCCAGCCAACCUAGCUGUCAAAAGAGAGCUAACCGACACAGAAGCACGUGUGAUGGCCAAGGAGAGACAGAAAAAAGACAACCACAACCUAAUCGAGAGACGGAGGAGAUUCAACAUUAAUGAUCGCAUCAAGGAGCUGGGCACCAUGAUCCCUAAAACCAAUGACCUGGAUGUUCGCUGGAACAAGGGCACAAUCCUCAGGGCGUCGGUGGACUACAUUAAGCGCAUGCAGAAGGAUGUGCAGAGGACACGGGAGGUGGAGAACAGCUUCAAACGGAUGGAGGUGGCCAACAAGCAACUGUGGCUCCGCAUCCAGGAAUUGGAGAUGCAGGCGCGUGUUCACGGCCUGCCCAACAACUCCCCCUCUCCGCUGAACCCCACCGACCUCAUGGGCUCCUAUGUGAAGCAGGAGACCAACCCUGAGGAGAAGCUUGCCCACGGCCAAGGCCAGCACCAGAUUCAACACCAGCACCAACACCACCAGCACCAGCACCAGCAGCAGCAGCAGCAGCAGCAGCAGCACCUCCACGCCCAGGCCCACCUCCACAACCAGGGCCAGGGCCAGAACAGGCAGCUGCCGCCGCUCCCCCCCCACCUGCAGCACCAGUCCCAGCAGCACCAGCCGCCCAUCCAGUUCUCGGCGGUGGGCAGCUCCCAACCCUUUGACUUUGCCCAAUCGCUGGACUUGUGUGACGGGAUACCGGGCUUCAACGACGGCAUGGCGGCGCUGGGGGACCUGGGCGGCCUGGGCUCCCAGGGGAGGAGGUCCGACCUGAGCUUCCUGAUGAUGGACGAGCCACUGUCCCCGCUCGGCGGAGACCCCCUGCUGUCCGCCAUGUCCCCCGAAGCCUCGGUGGACUCCAGCCGCCGGUCCAGCUUCAGCAUAGAGGAUGGGGACAUACUGUAGAGGGUUCACUCACACACAGACACAUACACACACACACAUACACACACGCACACACACCACACAGGUUGCAGGACAUACUGACAUACUGAUAUACUGAUCAUAGUCACACAUGGGGGCACGCACCCGACCCCACCCACACACGCACACAAACACACAUGAACUCGGGCUGACCUUAGCGUUGUCUGCCAUUGCUCAGCAGCUCUGAGUGCGGAGAUGUUAUUACUAGUGUUAACACCAGGGGGGGCUGAUAUGCAUUACAUACGACCUUGUUCCCGUAAUGGAGCCCAUAGAUCACAGCAGUAUAGUUUCUCAUUAGGGGCCGCUCGGCAGUCACAAGGACAUUCAGAGCGCUCAGAAUAACACACAGUUGUUAUUUUCUGCCCAUUACCUCCGAGGCCAUACACGUGAAGGUAAAAGUGAGCGGAGUGUCAGUGGUUGGGGUGGCUUUAGAGAGAGAGGACGUUAAGGUCUGAACUGAUCAAGUUGAUCUGUAAAUGUCCAUUUU